AUGACAAGCAGCAACACACCAGCAUCAUCUCCAUCACAUAUUUCUACCCAUAAUGGUAACACUAUUACCAGUGAUCCACAACAUUCUCAUUCUACCACUAAUAUUAGUAUAAAACAUCCUGCAAAUUUGUAUCCUGGUUUAAAUGAUAUAAAUGAUAUUUUAGAAGAAUUACCACUAGAGUAUGCUAGAUAUUUAACUCUGUUAAAGGAAAUAGAUGCAAAAUGUUUUAAUUUCAUACCUAAUCUGAGACACAAUAUAAAAGACUUAUUAAAUGAGGUUGGUGAUAACAAUAAUAAUAUUAACAGUAGCAGUAGUAUUAGUAAUAAUCUUUUGUUGAUAAACCAAUACUUUCAUGAUCUUAUGCCUUCCUUAGAAGAAAAAUUACAUGUAAGUAGUAUAGCAGUUGAAAACAUAAAUAAGCUAAUUAAACGGUUGGAGUUAAGUUAUGAAAUUAGUAUAAAGAAUGAGGAAAUACCUAUUAAAUUAAGAUUAGGUGAUAAUAAUCAUCCCGCAAUGCAUUUACAUUAUGAAUUAAUGGAAAAAGCUGGUAAACCAGAGAAAAAACAUCAAAGAAGGGGUAAUACAAGAAGCGCUGUACACCAGAAUUCAAAUAACAGUAAUUCAGAUAGUAAUAGUAACAACACUAACACUAUUGCUAGUAAUAAUGGUAUCAAGGGUAAUAGUAGUAGUAGUAGUAGUAGUAAUAAUAAUAAUAAUAAUGAAAAGGUUAAUAGUGAUGAUAAAAACAACAGCAGUGGUAAUAAAAAAAGUUCCAAGGAGAUUAAAGAUGACAACAAGACCAGCGCCACAAAGAAGUCAUCAAAAAUAGACGAUAAUACUGGUGGUACUGACGCUGCUACUAAUAUGACAACCAGUAGUAAUAAAAACAACGAUAGUGAUAAUAGUAAUAACAAUGAAAAUAAAAAAAGAAAUCACAAUGGUAGUAGUUCUAAUAUUGGUAAUGGUGGUAAACCAAAGAAAAGGAAAUACACUAAGAGUGGAGGUAGCAAUACUAACACUGGAAAUAACAAUGAAAAAGAUCUUUUAUAUUGUUAUUGUAAUAAUGUAGCUUAUGGUGAGAUGGUUGGAUGUGACGGUAAAGAUUGUCAAAUAGAAUGGUUUCAUUUGCCUUGUAUUGGAUUGAAAACGUUACCUCGUGGGAAAUGGUAUUGUAAAGAUUGUUUAAAUAAAUAA